AUGGAGUCCUAUCUGGCAUGGUUAGCCUGUGGGUCUCCAGAGGCAGCUGUCAGAUACAGACGGGCCAAGCAGAAUGCGGCUCUGGUGGUCACUGAAGCAAAAACUCGGGUGUGGGAGGAGUUCAAUGAGGUGAUGGAAAGAUUAGAAGAUCUCUACCAACUCACACGCAAGAGGAAAUACGAGCUGAAAGUGGACCUGCAGGACUUUGAUGGAGUGACAGUUUACGCCCAGUAUUCUUUCUCAAUGGAAUCUGAAACUGAUGGCUAUAAACUCCAUAUUAGUAAUUUCAUCAAUGGAGGUGCAGGGGAUUCUCUGGCAACUAACAAUGGACAGAAAUUCACCACCUUUGAUAAAGACCAGGAUUCACAUGCAAGUGGAAACUGUGCUAAAUCCUACCUUGGGGGAUUUUGGUACAGUCAGUGCCACCAUGCUAACCCUAAUGGAAUAUACCUGUGGGGACGUGACGGCACCUAUUAUGCCAUUGGAAAUGUGUGGCAACAUUGGAAAGGCUAUGAUUAUGGUCUCAAGUACAUCUCUAUGAAGAUCAGACCCGUGUCUGUUGCACAAUCAUGA